AUGACCCGCCGGCUCGGUGGCACCAUGCCCUUCCCGCCCACGCCGACCCCGGGGGCCCCCGCCGCGCGCCCCCCGCCCCGCAGGCCCGGCGCCCCGCGCAGGGCAGCGCCCUCCCGCGCCCCGCCCGCGCCCGCGCCCUCGCCGCCCGCCGCCGCGGACAGGAGGAGGCCCCCCGAGGGCGCGCUGUCCGGCUCCUGGCCCCCCGCCGCCCUGAAGCGGUCGCCGGCCCGGCGCGGCCCCGGCCCCGGCCCCCCGCGCGCCCCCGCCCGGCCCGCCCGCUCCGGCCACAGCCCCGCGGGGGACGCGGCCCCGGGGACAGGACCCGCCGCCGCCGCCGCCGCCGCCGCGCGCUUCUCGCCCGGCCUGCCCCCCGAGGCCGUCCUGCUGCUCCAGGGGCGCCACCUGCAGAGGCGGCUGCCCGCGCGGCCCUGCCGCCCGCCGCCCUCGCCCUCUCCCGCGGGUCCCGGCCGCCGCCCGGCGCCGCGCGUGUCGCUGCUCAACGAGCGGCACCGGUACGACGACGUGGAGUACGAGGAGGAGGCCCGGGCGGUGGACGAGGGCCUGGUCCGCAGGUGCACCGAGUGGCUGCGCGGCGUGGAGUCGGCGGCUGCCGCGCGCGACCUCGCGGGGCCCCUGGACACGCUGCCGCACCUGAGCACGCUGUGAGCCGGAGCGGGGGUAGGGGGGUGGGGGCUCCCCGCGGACCCGAAGGUGCCCCCCCCCCCGCACCUGCGCCUGCCUCCUGGAUGCCCGUGAGCCUGGGGGUCCCCCACCCCCGCACCUGUGCCCACCCCCUGGAUGCCCGUGAGCAGGGGAAGGGAACUCCCCACCUCCUGGAAGCGUGGCCGCACCCUGUGAGCCUGCCCUCCCCCCACCCCCAACGCCCACGGCCACCCUCCGACACCUGUGAACCCGCUGCACCCGGUGGGCAGGACCGGAUGCCCCUGGCUGACCGCGCGAAUGGCCUUUCCUCCGGGGCACCCUGGCGGCACACGCACAGCCUCGUCUGCCUUGCCUGGGCCCCUGUGAGCCGGGGGUGGAGGGGGGGCUAGCCUAGGACACGGCCUCCCUGACCCCCGGGCCCACGUCCUGGCCAGGCUCUGCCCCGUACCCCCAGCUGGGGCAGCCACCCUUUCCCUCUCCCACCCUGGUCGGCCCCACCCCCCAGGUGUUGCCUUCCGGAGACUUCUGGCCUCCUCUUGGCCCCCCAGAUGCCUUUAGGGCUCAGGGUGAAAAUGCCUCCCGUUCCUCACCCCUAAGGUUCCCGUGGGUCCCAGGGACCCUCUGGCUGGGCCGGUGGUUUGUCUGUGUCACUCCCUGUGGACGACAGCCUGGGGGAGGGCACCCGUGAGGGUGGCUGGCUGUUUGCAGAGCUGGCCUUGGUGCCGCAUUUAUGAUUCCGUUUCUCCGAAACAGAGAACGCGUCUGGGGUUUGGGAAGCUGGGAAACUCAAGUUAACCUAAUUUUCAAGCUCGGAGGGGAGAAGGGUGGGAACACCAGCAGCUACUCCACCCGCUGAGCGAGGCCGAGGUUGGAAACUGCUCGUCCACACUGCAGGCCUCCGCCAGGGCCCUGUUGUGCCGCCCCGCGCCCUCUGCCAGCCGGGCCUGCCUGCCCACAUUGCCCCCACGCACAGUCACACGCAUGCUCACACACCCACGCCCACAGAGCUCUCUCACGAACACUUAGCUCCCGGGGGGCUGGGGGCCUCAGCCGGUCUGGUGUCCGACUUCUGCUCAGCUCACGAUCUCCCCUCUUGUGGGUUCGAGCCCCGCGUCGGGCUCUGUGCCGACAGCUCCGAGCCUGGAACGUGCAUCGGAUUCUGUGUCUCCCUCUCUCUGCCCCUCCCCCUCUCUCAUAUAUAAAUAAACGUUAAACAUUUUUUAAAACCACGUUCCUGCUCACGUACCCACGUGCACACAGAGUCACGGCCACACACGCACACGCACAGACCCCAUCACGCACACAAGUGUGUCCCUGGAGCACAGCGACGGGGAUGGACUUGAAAGGCCGGGACAAGAUGUGAGCGGGGGUGAAGGUCAGCUUCUGCUGAAGGUCGCUGUUUUUCUUGGAAGCGCCACCUGCAAUGUGACUUCUGUGCUGCGGAAAGGCCGACCGCGGGGGGAGGGGAGAAGGCAAAAAGCCGUGUGCGGACAGACGGACGCAGAUCAACAUGUUCCGGGCCAGGCGGGCAAUUCAUUUGAGGGAGGAAGUGGGGGGUCCCUGGGGGCAGAUGUUACGAUUCCAGCGGCUUUAAUCACCGGGUAAAAAUCGGUGACAUAGUGGCUUUGUACAAUUGUGUAUACUCAUUUUUUUAGAAGAGAAAAUCUCUGCCUAUUAUUUGAAUAAAGGGUUAAAACUCCUCGGCCUUUUGGGAGCCGCCCAUACCCUUUCUUGCUAACUCCAGGCUGGUUUCUACACACUCCCUCCAUGCAUCUGAUUAUACUUAACUCUAAGGUUGAGAAAGAGGAGGGAAAAAGUCGUAAUCAGAGAAGGCUGGUCAUAGAAGAGUAAUGUAUUACCUCACCUUUUGACUUGUGUGAAAGUCAGUAAGUAGUUGAAUGUUUAUCUCGUUGGGCUUUAAUGUGGGAAGUCUUAAUUAUAUUUUACACGGAAGCCUUACAUUUUUAAAAGCCAGUGUUAUAUUGUGCUUGUGAUCUCUGCCCCACUCUCUCUGUCUCGCUCUCUCUCACUAGACACAAACCUAGUCAAACAGGAAGCGUUUAAUCCGGCAGGAGCGAGGUCAGCCAGCAGAGGAGUUUGCAAAGCCAAAGCCCCUCCCCACCGACUGGCUUGUCUUUUCCGACUCCUGCCUGGAUGCAUAGAGCUCAGUUGUCUUUCAUGGAAAAUGAACGCGUCAGCACCAGAGAGGCCCAGGUGGCAAUCCGGCUGAGGCGACACGGAGACGUGGCCGUGGACUCUCAGUCCGGGACGGAGCGCUGGUUCUGGACGUUAACCAGCCCCGGGAGUGAGCGUGAGUGGUGGUCCCGUGGGCAGGGCGCUAACUGCUCUCGCGUGUCCUCUGAGCAGAUACCAGGACUCGAGAGACCCAGGUUUCUGUUGAGUUCAGUAACGUUUUAAAGACUUUCGUAAAGUAGGUGACUUUUCGAAGCACCUUUCCGUGGCUGCCCAUGUGCGUGCGUGUCCCUCGUCCCGUCACGGUCACAGUGCAUGGGUCUGUGUGUCCCUGUUCUUUGUCUCUCCCUCUCCUCACCCUCUUCCUUCUCUGGGUCCCCUCCCCCCCGCCCCCGCCCCAGUUCUCUUGACCGGCCCCAGUCCGGUACUGUGCUCCUUUUUCCCAAUGGCAUUUGUCAAACAGAGUUUUGUGUGCCUUGUUCUUCACUGUAAAAGCAGAUGAGCAGAACGUUUAUGUUGCUCCGGCUGAUGACCCUCGAAGAGACGGAACUUCUACCUAUGACACUGGAUGUCUCGUCGUGUUGUUAUGGACAUUUUGAGAAAGUUUUCGGAGUCACUGUGCUGCAAUUUCUUAAUGUUUAAAUAAAAGAGAAAUUCAA